AUGGAUCGAGGGGCAGGGGAGAAGCUAGUGCCCAUACAAAUAACUGUGCUGCGUGGCAAAAACAUGGAGCAUAAGAAGCAGAAGGAAGAGAAGACCACUGUCCUGGGCCAAGGUGUGGUGGAUCUGCUGCCCCUCCUCCAUGGUCAGCGCUCCUUCACCUCCAUGGUGGUGCUGCACCCCUCCCCAGGAUCACCUGCAGAGUCAGCUUCUCAAGAAGACAACAGCAAGCCCUCCCUGGAUGUGACCAUCUGUGCCACAGAGCCGCUGCUCUCUGACGCCCAGCUUUCCAGCUCCAAUCUGCUCCGGGUGCUGGUGGAGGCCGCCUACGCCGUCCCUGACGUCUGGAGUCCCGCAGCCCCAGCCAGUUAUGUUGUUGGCUUCCAGGUGCCCCAGUCUGCUGAGAAGGAACAGGUGCUUCUGUUUUCCAAAGGAUUGCUGAAAACGGGAGGGGAGAGAGAGCCGCUGCCUCGACUCAAGAAGUGGCCCCUGGGUCCCAUCCUGGCCCCCGGUGCAGAUUGUAUACCUGGUGCUUUUAUAGAAGCGGACCCCAUUGAAAUGGAGAGUGGGGAGCUGACUGGCAUGGAGGUGGAGGACGAGGCCCAGGUCUCCUUCCAUGGGGUGGCGUACGUGGACCUGGCCCCCCUCCUGUACCCCGGUGUGAGGCGCCUUCAUGGCGCUUACUCAUUGCACCCGUUUUAUGAGGCAGACAUGCAGGAUAAGACUAAGCGCAGCACCAGCGUCCUGCGGGAGGGUGUGCGCCAGCUGCUGCAGCAGGGUGGAGCCUGCCCCCCUCCCUCCACGGGGUCUGCACAGUGCAGGACUGCCUCUGGCAAGAUUAUAGACAAGGGAGCAAAAGGGCCCAAGGAGGCCACUAAAAAGCCAGGGAUUCAGGAAAAGUCACUGCUGCCGGAGAAUUCUACAGAUGUGGACACGCUUGAGAACGUUGAGGGUCAGAUGUACACUGAGGCCAGAACCUAUAUUGUGAUUGAAAUUGCCCUGGAAAAACCCCUGGUUCCAAAGAGACCUCCUGAAGAACUGGCCAAAAGAGUGAGGGAGCUGAUAGCAGCCAGGCCAUUGCACCCCCGCAGACCAGCUGGGGCAGAGAGGGCAGUGCAGCAGUACCAGGACCAGGUUGCCAGUGUGGCUGCUCUCCUUCUGGAGCAGUACCAGCAGCUAUUUGGCCAUGCGUUGGCAUCUGGGUCUCACCAGCUGGACCCAACUGCCCAGGAAGAGCGGAAGACUCAGUUCAUUGGGGAACUCAACUACUCGGGGAAGUACUUUGCCUUCAAGGAGCAGCUGAAGAACUCAGUGGUGCGGAUCGUAAGGGAGAAGAUGCUGCGUACGGAGCCCUUCAGGGACCAGGAGCAGCUGCAGGCCUUCUUGAGCCAGCUCUACGUUUUCUUGGUGGACGAGAUGCACGUUGCGCUGAACAAGACUUUCUUGGCGGACCCCCAGGACGACCCGCCUCCCUCCCAGAUAGACUGCACUCAGCUCAGGCAUUUCGCCCAAGAAGCCCAGCUAAACCAGGAUUACCAGCUAGCGGCCACCUUCUACCAAGAGCGUCUGGCCCGAGACCAGAGGAACCCUGAACAUUGGUUUGACUAUGGGGUGUUCCACAUGUUGACCAGAGACUACUUGAAAGCAGAGGAAUGCUUUCGAGAAGCAGUGUCCAUCAGUCCAGUGCACCUUCCCAGCCUGCUGAUGUGCGGCAUCCUGGCAGAGAUGGCAGGUCGCACCGAGGAAGCACAGACCUACAUGGAGGGCGCAACGUGUGUGGAUCCUACCAGUGUGGUGGCCUGGACUCUGUCCGGAGGACACCAUCCAAGCUGAGAUGGCCUUUCUGGAGGCCAAUGCACAGCUGAGGGCGGCCGUGGCUGGAACCAGAUCAGUCGAGCGGG